UUAUAUCCUCUAAUCAAGACGAAUUAAAAACACCUGUGCAGGCUCAAAACUCUGUCCACUCCCCGGUUCCCUCAUGGCAGCCGUCCCCAUCGGUCCCUGGUAGGUUUGAACGUGCAAGAAACCACCUCAGCAUGACCACUGGAACGACGAAAGAAGUUACUUUCAUCCAGGAAAACCAGAGCAAAGCCGAACAUUCUGCACUCUUCUACCUGUUCGAGGAAGUCUCCAAGCUUGACCCACCUGUCCCCGCGAGUUUCCUGGACGCAAAUUCUCCCUCCGAGUGGCUGAAUGAGAUGUCGAGAAAGAGACGUUUUAGUCAUGGAACAGAAGACGAAGAUGAGUGCUCCCUUAAAGGUGCUCGAGGCGCUCGUAAGUACAGUUUGUCGUGUAUGUUGUCAUGCAAUCGGGUGAAGAGCGUGAGCGAGGAGACCGGUGAUGUCUCCGAGUCGGAUGAGCCACGCUGUGAAUGCAGCAGCCCCUGGAAAGUUCUGAGCCUGAUCAACCUGACCUGUGAGCGACUCCUCCAUCAAAAAGAUGCUGAGGAGGAAAACUCAACUUUAGAACUGUCUUCAACAAAAUCCAUCCAAUCAACGUCAGCACCUGCACCUCCGUAUGGAACAGAGAGGGAAAGUGAUGGGGACAGCCUUGAUUGCGCUUCGGAGAAAAUCACAUUUGUUUCUCCUGUGGAUUUGAGACUGGACAGUCAGCAGCUGCAGUUCUGUGUGAAAGAUGCUGGUGAAAGCUGCUGUGUGCACCAACAGCCUGCAGAGCAAACUGACCCCGUUACCUCAGAGAUGCAGGAAGACGGCUCCAUUGUGUCUUUGCAAACUUUAUGCAGAGACGGAGAAGAGUUCAGCAUUAGCAAACAAUUGGACCAGGAGUGUUUCUCUACUAAAAAAAAUGCAUUUAUCCCCAAAAAGGAAACCCAAAGCUCCACAUGUCUAAAGGCCGAGAUGACUCUUAGUUCAGGUUAUAGUGCAUGCGCGGGCCAGUCGAAACCACCACAAACACUUGACCACAAUGCAAACAUCACUUUGUCUACAAAGCUGCCAUGUGACACCCAGCCACCUCCUCAGAGUGCAGCUCUGCCUUCCUCACAAGCAGCACCUCUCGUAUUCACCACAGCAGAGAGCUGCCGGUCGUCAUCAGGACAAAAUGAGAAAUUCGCAGCAUCUGCACCCAAUCGGCGUCAAACUCCCACUGUGGGUUCAAACCCCGCAGCAGACCGCUCAAGCGGCAACAUUUGUGUGACGGCAUCACCAGCAGAGCUGUGGACRGAGCAAACGAAGGAAUCCGAUCCCCCUCCUCAGCAUCGAACUAAGACUCGGAGGAAACAACCUCACCCGUCUCGCAGCGCCGAUAUCCAAGACCCAGACUUCCAGGGAGUGACGUUCCGGAUCGACGCAGAGCUCGACGACACAAGGGAGCAGUGUCGACUCCUCAUAACUUCAAAAUACAGCAAGAAGCACUGCAAAGCUGUGCGAAAACCAAAGCUGAGGGCGCGAACAUCACAGAAAACGCUUAAAACCAGCAGCUCAGAUGAAGAAAAUGACCUCACAGCUAACGUUGCAAAAAACAAAGUCUGUGCGUCGUGCUGCACCAGGAAGACCCCCAUGUGGAGAGACGCAGAGGAUGGUACUCCACUCUGUAACGCCUGUGGAAUCAGGUAUAAGAAGUACAGAGUCCACUGUGUGUUUUGCUGGCAUAUUCCUCGGAAAGAAGGAAACUCCAACUCCUGCUGCCUGAAGUGUGGAAACUUGGUGAAACCGAGCUCAGCUCAGCAGAAACAUUCCUCUUAGACGACAUCCAAACACAGGUUUUUAUAUCUGUGAUAAAAGCUUCGACACGUCGGCUCAAGACAAUCCUCACUGCUCUCACACUUCUUACUCGUUUACAGUUUAAAGGAGAACAUUUUUGCUACAGUUUGUGGACAAUUUAUUUGCAUAAAGUCAGGCAGAGUUCAGUGUUUAUCUGACUAAAUCAAAGGUCCACACAGAACGCACACAGCUUUUGUUGAAAAACUGGAAAUAUUUUGAGACAAAUAAAUGAGGCAGUUGAACAAAGUUAAGUGAGGAUUGUUAGUCGUCUGCAUCCUGUGUGGGAACGAUCUGUAAAAGAAAGUUGUUUUUGUGUUAAUCUCUACGAUGCGUUCACUGUUACUAAUUUAUUUAUAAGCACAAUUUUCAAGUUAAAUCAAGCUUAAUUUGUCAUGUGGUUGUACCUUCCUUACUGUUUAAGUUGUGUUUAUACAGAACUUUAUUUUUCUGGUUACAUUAGUGCACUGUUUGGUUGUUUUCUUUGGGACAGAAGCAGCGUUUUGUGAGUUUGUGUUGGUUUUGGAUUGUAUUAAAUUCAACAUGAAACAUAUGAUUUGAUUGUUUGUUUUUAAAGGUGUGUGUAAAUAAAACCUGCAGCCGACAUGAA